AUGGCUAGUGCGACGUCUUCGGCUCUUACAAAAGUUAUGCAGCAAAAAAGAUCGGCAACCACUAAUUCGGAUGUACUUCACGGUGUACAAGCAUGUACCUCAGGUGAAGGUUCAAGCACUAGUUCAUUGCUGAUUUCUAAUCAACAACCUCCGGAUUAUCAACAGAUCGUCCCUUCGCUUCGUUCUAAUCAACAACAGAUGCGUAAAUGCAUUUCAAUUGAUUUAUUAUCUGCGUCACAACGAGAAACCAAUUUUCUGCGCAUGAUCGAUAGAAAAGCGCCAAUGCUAUAUGAACAAAAUAUUAUCGAGAAUGCCAUUCGAAGGUACGAAUGUUUUUGGCUACCAAUGCAGGCAUCUCGUCCCGACGUUAACAACAUUCCACCGUUAGACGUUCAUUGGGUAUGGCAUUGUCAUAUGCUUAGUCCCACUCACUAUCAAGAGUGCAUUAAGGAUUGCGAGGCAAUUUGUGGAACAGUUGUGGAUCAUAAACUGUUGAGUUCGGAUGAGAUUCAACAAAGAUAUGAGCAAUCAGUAAGUGUAUGGCAGAGUCAUUGCGGCGAUGAACCAUAUGAUUUUCUUGCAUCAAUAGCAAUCAAUCAUCCGCAUUACCAUCAGAAAUCAUCAUACGAUAUUGCCGGCGCUGCACAACGACAGCGUAAUUUCAAUUAUCAGAUCUCUCUACCACAUUACACGUCUCCUCGCUUCCUAAACGAAGCAGUAAGUCGUUACCUCAACUUUUUACUCCUCAAGCAAACGUACACGGAUCAAUUCUUCACGCCAUGUUAUGAUUUCGAUGUCGUUUGGCAUACGCAUCAAGUUCAUCCACACAGCUAUCUUCGAGACUGCACUGCCAUUUUUGGUUGGUUAUUAAAGCAUGAUGACACCGUAAAUGAUCGAUCAAAAAACAGUAAACUGUUAAAGGGUGAAGCACUCACUAAACGGUUGUGGGCUGCGCACUUUCAGGAUCCUUUUUGGAGGAGAGGUUGUAUGUACAGAGGUCACCCAGCACCAUCAUUUCUUGGCUUUGAAAGUCAAGAUUUAAGUAAUAUUACUUACGGGCAUAUGCAUAUUCCGUCAAUCGCACUCAAGGAUAUACCACUGCAACGCGAACAAUUACGCUUGAAAUUAUCCUACGGUGGUAAGAAGGUAACAACGUUCAAUGCGGAUCUUACAACCAAACAGGUCACGAAAACAGGAUUCUCAUUGGUAUGGCAACCAACAGAAAAUUUGGCAUCUGUAUCGAUCGUAAAGUUCCCGUUCGAGAAACACAAUUCAAAGGAUCUUCUCGUUGAACUCGAACUUUUCGAUAAAGUUUUCCUUCAGAAGAAAGAUCUUUUGAAAUUGAUCGGAAAAACUUCAUUAGAACAAUUAUUACCUCCUUUAAACUCGAAAACAUCCCAGAAUAUAGCUCAAAUAAAGAUGCGAUGUCGUGAAGGUGAUGGCGAUUACACGGCUAAAGUCAAUGUUACAACAAGUUUAUGCNAGUUUAUGCAACAUGAGCUUGUUCCCGACAGUCGCCUUUGGUUCUUAUGUCAAGCUGGCGCAUUGAACCGCAGCGCUCUCCAACCACAGAUGACUGUCCAUCUUGCGACCCACACAUUAGUCGAUUCGCGUGAUGGGGCAAGAUAUACAGUUCAGAUCGUGCAUAGUGCUACAUUGUUACUUUCAAUGAUUCUCGUUUAUGGCAGAGAGCAGAAAUUGCUUUGUAUGGCUCAUCUAAUUGGCGCCGAUAGCCUCCCUACACGCGACCAGCUCGAUCCAAAUCUUCAAUUUCUACCUCAUCUAUCAACUGCGGACGAGCGUGCUUUUGUUAUAAUGAACAAAGAUGGGGAUUACGCGAUUAUAAAAGGUAAAUGGUCAGGAUUCACACGUAAGGUACCGGCAGAAAAAGGCCAGAAAGCCAAGCCAGGUAAUCCUGGAAAGCUUCAGGUUGAUGCAUUCAAUCUUCUAAAGAAUACUGUGCAGAAAAUAGAAGUUCCUGGACCUGAGGGUAGCACACUUUUUGUCGUAGGAGAUGCACAAGCUAGAUUACCUGGAAAGAGAAUACAGUGCAGAUCAACUCUUACUGCUGAGCAUUUGGCGUGUGUGUUCAGUGUGGCAACGUUGUUUGUUCUGUGUAAUCCAGACAAGAUUCGUUCACGAAAUGAUACAACAGCAAUUGCUUAUCAAUGCCACAAAUGGCCAUUAACAUUGGCUUGUGGUUAUGGAAAGACGUUACCGUCAAACAGAUACUUGGCCACGCAACAAGAAGGUGUUGAAGGUGUUGAUAUCAGUUCAGCAAUGUUGCUCUUAUGUGGUGGAGGAUACGACGCAGCUGCAUGUGGCGCUUGUGGAGCUUGUGGUGCGUGUGGUGCAUGUGGUGGAUGUGGCAGUUGCGGUGGUUGUGGAGGCUGUGGAGGCUGCGGAUGA